AUGUACAAAAUCGACGGGGAAGAAGUGGAUGAACACGCACAAUGGAUGGACGCACCAAUGGUUUUCGACGCGGACGACGUCGAAGAAGAUAUGGAUGACCAAAACAACCCUCUAGUUCUCACGCUACCAGUAGAAGGGUGCAACAUCAAGAAGAUCCCCAUCGAUGGAGGAAGCUCAGUCAAUGUUUUAUUUUAUGAUACAUUCAAACAAAUGGAACUCAACGAUGAACAUUUGUUAUCUUCGUACUACACUAUCUACGGUUUCAACGGAGCAGCCACGAAGCCUUUAAGAGAUAUUGUCUUGCAAUUAGACGCAGGUCCAAUGAAGGUCGACACCCGGUUCAGUGUGGUGGAUGCACCAUCACCCUAUAAUGCCAUAAUUGGCCGAAGGUGGGUACAUAAACUCAAAGGAGUGGCGGCUACCUAUCACCAAUACCUUAGGUUUCCAACUUCCCAAGGGAUAAUGGAAAUAAAAGGAGACCAGGUCACUGCGCGAGAAUGUCAAACUUUGCAGAACCAGCUUAAUAACGAACAGGAUGAGCAGCGAAAGUCCCGAAGAUCUCGAAACAAAGAAGCUGCAAAAGAGAAAGCGAUCGACACCUAUCUUGAAGAAAUCUCUGGCAGAAGCCUUUCAAAGGAGAAUACGGUUGGAAACGCAGAGGCGAGUACCUCUGCCACAAAAGAAGACGAAGAGCCUACCAAAUAG